AUGAGUCUCGUGGGGGGCUUUCCCCACCACCCCGUGGUGCAUCAUGAGGGCUAUCCGUUCGCCGCCGCCGCUGCCGCAGCUGCCGCCGCCGCCGCCAGCCGCUGCAGCCACGAGGAGAACCCUUACUUCCACGGCUGGCUCAUCGGCCAUCCGGAGAUGUCGCCCCCCGACUACAGCAUGGCCCUGUCCUACAGCCCGGAAUAUGCCAGCGGCGCCGCUGGCCUGGACCACUCCCAUUACGGGGGAGUGCCGCCCGGCGCCGGGCCUCCGGGCCUGGGGGGGCCGCGCCCGGUGAAGCGCCGGGGCACCGCCAACCGCAAGGAGAGGCGCAGGACUCAGAGCAUCAACAGCGCCUUCGCCGAGCUGCGCGAGUGCAUCCCCAACGUGCCAGCAGACACGAAGCUCUCCAAGAUCAAGACGUUGCGCCUGGCCACCAGCUACAUCGCCUACCUCAUGGACCUGCUGGCCAAGGACGAUCAGAACGGCGAGGCGGAGGCCUUCAAGGCGGAGAUAAAGAAGACCGACGUGAAAGAGGAGAAGAGGAAGAAGGAGCUGAAUGAAAUCUUGAAAAGCACGGUGAGCAACAACGACAAGAAAACCAAAGGCCGGACAGGAUGGCCACAGCACGUCUGGGCCCUGGAGCUCAAGCAGUGAAGAGAAGAAGAAGGAGAGUAAGUGAGCCUGGGCUUAGGCGACACACUCAGACCCAAGACUCCUGGCAAGCCCUCGAGCUCACUCUGAGGACUUCUUGCAGUUGGAUCAUCCGGUUUAUUUAUGUGCAAUUUCCUUCCCCCUCCCUUUGCCCCCUUUGAAGCAUCUGCUCCCCACCACCCUCUCCAACAAAAAAAAAUGGAUAUUUGAAGAAAAGCAUUCCAUAUUUUAAUAUGAAGAGGACACUCCCGUGUGGUAAGGGAUCCCGUCAUUCUGUGUGUGAAAGUUCCCUCUCAGCUGUGUAGACACCAGCAUUGUCCCUCCUCACCUAUCCAACCCUUUCAGAUAAAGACAGCAGACACUAGUGUGUAUGUGAAGUGUAUCUUUAAUACUUGGCCUUUGGAUAUAAAUAUUCCUGGGAAUUAUAAAGUUUUAUUUCAAAGCAGAAAACAGGGCCCCUAACGUUUCUGUUGGGGUCAGUAUCUAGUGCUGUCUUUUCAUAUGUUGUUGCUCCCUAUCCAAAGAUGUUUCCAACAGCUACUCGUUUUGUGCACUUCCGUCCUCUAAAACUAAUGGAGUUUAAUUAAUAUUGAAGGUGUAAACAUUGUAAGUAUUCAAUAAACCACUGUGUGUUUUUUUUACAAAA